UUUUAUUUUCGGUUAUCACAAAUGAAAUUUACUAAAUGUCUUAUAAAAGAAUUCUCGUAAAUAUAACAAAGCCCGAGGUAUUUGCAAUAGUGUAUCAGUGUAUCUAGCAGUCUAUUCACAUAUACGGUCGCUCUACAAAAAUUCGAAUGUUGGAUGACUUGAUCCGAAUCCUAAAGACGAAGAGGGACACGAAAGGCCACGUGACCGGGCGCGUGUUCAACAGUAACAGCUGCACCGAUGCACUCCUUUCAAUUCACGUUGAACCUUCACCGAGGUAACAUUACAACGAUCAGCUAAACGAAUUUUAUUCUUGGCUGACGUAGAAAUAUUUUAUCCUAAACUUUGAGUGCCAUAAAAAUCAUUUUAUCCGCGUUUGUUGUGUUAAUUUAAUCGUAAAUUAUUUUGAUAAACUAUUCUCUAAAUCGAGAUCAAAGCGCGAGAUCAUUGUUCUCAUUUGAAUACGAGUAUAUCCUGAUGCAGAUAAAGUUAUGAAUAUACCGUAAUUUUCGAAAAAAAAAAAGAAGUGAUUUUGAUUGAAGUGGCAAGCACGAAGAAUAGAAUUCAAAAGACAAUGGAUAAUCGCCGAAAACUAAUCCGCAAUCGAUGCGUGAUGCUGACUAUUAUCAUCGUCUACACGUUGACUGUAUUUAUUAAGGCGGUUGAGAGCAGGCCUCACAUCAGGCACCAUCGGGAAGGCUCGCACUGCAGCAGAUGCGGUCCAGGCUGGGGCGUGAUUAGCCGUUGCGCUCGCGGCCGCGACACCGUAUGCGAGCGAUGCCCCAGUGGUACGUACAGCCCGCAUCACAGCACGCAGCCCUGCUGGAAUUGCGCCAGAUGUGGCCCGGGUUUGUACGAGGCUCAUCCGUGCACAUCGCGCACCGACACCGUCUGCGACUCCUGCCACCGUCCAGCACCGGACAAUCCGGACUACCGGCGGAAGUGCGAAGGUCGCGCGAGGUUCUUCCUCGCCCCGGAAGACGCGAAGAGCACCGCCGAGGAAAGCGUGCUGGUGAAUGAGCCCGCUUAUAGAUUCCAGCUGUACAACAGGGAGCAGGUACUUGAGAAGGAUGUGGAGGCCAUCCUGAGGGACAAAGAGACAGUUGGAUCAGAGGUUCUACAGAGGGUCAACCAACCAUCGUCCGAACAUUAAUUUUAUCUUCAAGAUGAUCUGACGUAUUCCUAUCCAUGACGAAAAAGAAGGUAUAAAGUUUUUUUCGAUUAGAAUUCUUGAAGUUUGAUUAUUACUAAUUUACCUGAGAAAUAAAUGGAUGGUGUAGAAAUUCGUACAGACUCGUAAUAAGAUUAGAAGAAUAAUAUAGGUUCGACCUUUAUUGAUCGAUCUUUUAAUACUAGUCAAUUAGUGCUUAAGAGAAUUAAUUUCUUUUGCGGAACAGCGAACGACUUUAGUACGAGUUGAAAAAUGGGAAUAUUUUCGCAAAGUGAAUAUUCAUUUAAUAUUUGUCGAUUAGAAUUCCGAUUGUUUGCGUAGAUUACAACACAAUAAAGAAAUGAAAAAUACUUCCUGACACCCCGCUAAGUAUAUAGCAUAAAAAAAAAUCCUUCUCCUUAAUACGAAUAGACUGUUACAUUUUUAAUAUUUAGAUAAGUAUUGCAAGUCGUAUUACAAAUGCAUAUGUCAGUAACUGUUGUUCGUAGAUUCACCGUAGAUUUCAAUUUAUAAAAUAGUUAGAAAUUUUUCAUCCAAGCGUCCGAUCGUGAAACAUAGUUCUAUAAAAAUUUAGACUCUUUAUUUUUGUGUUUUCGAAUAUUAUCAUUGCGUCCCUUACAGAAAUUUAA